AUGGAUCACAGUUUCAACACCUCCACCCCAAAUGAUGACGAUUUCUAUGCUGAACUCACAAGACAGAUACUGGUUCUUACAGACGAAGAUGAUGAUGUUCAAGUGAAGAAAAAGGGUGACCGGAAGUUUAACCAGAGACCAGUCGGUGGUGGGUGGUCAGUGAUGCCGGGAAACUGUUUUUUCAGUUGGUCGGAAGGUGGGGAGGUUGAGGUUCCUGGUUGGAUGGAGAGGUUGUGGGUGGCAAACGGUGGCGGAACCGGAGUGUUCAUACCUCGUGCAGCGGUACUACACAGGUCCAGAUCACAGGUCCAGAUCAAAAAGACAUAA